GCGCCCUCGCCGCCCGCUCCGGUGCCGGUGCCGCUUGCGGCCGCGGAGCGCCGGGAUCCGCCAGCGGAGCCAGGCCGGAGCUGCGGGGGCAGAGCCAUGAGGGAGGGCUGAGCCCCCCGGAGCUGCGCCCACCCCCAGGCAGGAUGCGGGGGGCGCAGCGGGCUCUGUGCCUGCUGCUGCUGGCCUCGGCCUCGCUGGCCGCGCUGCUCCUGCACCUCUGGGCCCCCAAGGGCCCCCCCAGCGUGGACCUGCGCCGCCCCCCCCCCGAGCGGCUGCCGCCCCCCCCGGGGCCCCCCGGCCGCGCCUACCCCCACGUGCCCUUCCGGGUCAAGGAGGAGGUCAUGGAGCUGCUGCCCAGGAACGGCUGCUCGUGCGAGGCGGAGGCCGAGGCGGGGCUGGCGCUGCCGCUGCACCGGCGCCUCUUCGGGCCCGGCCCGGCGGGGCUCGACUUCGCCAGCGCCUUCAGCCCCGGGGAGCGGCCGCGGCAGCUGCGGGAGCGGGAGCGCGAGUACCGCAACUACCGGAACCGGGUACAGACCCCCGCGGACCGGCUGCUGAUCGUCCCGGCCAACUCCCCGCUGGAGUACCCGGCGCAGGGGGUGGAGGUGCGGCCGCUGCAGACGGUGCUGGUGCCCGGGCUCAGCCUGCAGGCGCCGGCCAGGAACAGGUACCAGGUGAACCUGACGGCCUCGCUGGGGACGCUGGCGGUGGCGGCCGAGGUGGAGGGCGUGGCGCUGCGGGGGGAGGGGCAGCCGCACCUGUCCUUGGCCGCCGCCCACCUGGACCACCUGAACCGGCAGCUGCAGUUCGUGACCUACACCAACACCCAGUUCCACCCCGACACCGCCGACAUCGUGCAGUUCUCCACCGACGGUCACUCCGCCGCCUUCGCCAUCCGCAUCCGGCACCCGCCCACGCCCCGCCUGUACGGCCCGGGCAGCGCCGGCGACAGCGACGGCGACGGGGACAGCGACAGCGGGGACGGGGGGUACAACAUCUCGGCGCUGGUGACCGUGGCCACCAAGACAUUCCUGCGCUAUGACAAACUGCGGGGCCUCAUCGCCAGCAUCCGCCGCUUCUACCCCUCGGUCACCAUCGUGGUGGCCGACGACAGCCAGAGACCCGAGCCCCUGGCAGGGCCGCACCUGGAGCACUACCUCAUGCCCUUCGGCAAGGGCUGGUUCGCCGGGAGGAACCUGGCGGUGUCGCAGGUGACCACCAAGUACGUGCUGUGGGUGGACGAUGAUUUCAUCUUCACGGCCCGCACGCGCCUGGAGAAGCUCGUGGAUGUGCUGGAGAGAACCAGCCUGGACCUGGUGGGCGGCGCGGUGCGGGAGAUCACCGGCUACACCACCACGUACCGGCAGCGGCUGAGCGUGCGCGGCGGCGGCGCGGGCGGGGACUGCCUGCGGACCCGGCCCGGCUUCCACCACCGCCUGGCGGGGUUCCCGGCCUGCGUGGUCACCGACGGCGUGGUCAACUUCUUCCUGGCCCGCACCGACAAGGUGCGCCAGGUGGGCUUCGACCCCCGGCUGCGCCGCGUGGCGCACCUCGAAUUCUUCAUCGACGGCCUGGGGGUGCUGCACGUGGGCUCGUGCGAGGACGUGGUGGUGGAUCACGCGUCCAAGCUGGCGCUGCCGUGGCGGCGCUCGGAGGGGGAGCGCCAGUACAACCGGUACCGGUACCCGGCCGCCCGCGACGACAGCGUGCGCCUCAAGCAGCGCCUCUUCUUCUUCAAGAACCGCUUCAAGUGCAUGGCCGGCGACUAGCGGCGACACCGGGACACCGGGCGGCGACACCGGGACACCGGGCGGGGACACCCCGGAGCCACCGGGAGGGGACGCUGGGCGUGGUCACCGGGCGGGGACACCGGGGCCGUCCCGGGGCUACCGGCGGGGACGCCCUGAGGCCACCGGGGUUACCGGGCAUGGUCACCGGGCAGGGCCACCAGCCCCGGCCGCCGCUGACCAGCCCUGGGUGCCACCCCCGGGGAGGUGACAAGGAGGUGGCAGCAGGUCACCGCCCUCAGGGGGCUCACGGGACACGCCAAGGACGUCGCUGACCCCCGGCCACCAGUCCUGGCCGGCCCUGGGUGCCACCGGGCUGCUGGCACUGCGGUGGUGCCACCCCCAGAGGGGUGACAGGGGGGUGGCACGGGGUCACCACGCACAGGGGGGGUCAGGGGACACGCCAAGGACGUCGCUGACCCCCGGCCACCAGCGUGGGCCACAUCAAGGGUCACUGCUGCUGGCCAUGCCUGCGGUGUCCCCAGAGCCACAAGCAUGGCUACUCCAUGGUCACCCCCAGGGCCACCUCUUGUGGGCCACCCCCAGGGCCACCACUGCAAUGUCCCCAGGGCCACAAGGAGGGCCACUGGCCACAUCUGCGUCACCCCCAGGGCCACCAAGCCCAAUGGGCCACCUUCUCUGGGCCACCCUGCGGUGUCCCCAGGGCCACAACCGUGGGCCACCAGCCACAACCCCAGUGCCACUGACCCCAAUGGGCCACCCCCAGGGCCACCAAGCCUGGGGCGCCCCUGGGGUGGCUCUGCCCCCUUUGGGCACCCCACGGGCCGCCACCCCCCACCCCCGGCUGCCCUCACAGGGCCCACAGGGCCACUGGGUGACUCGGGGUGGCCGCUGCCACCAUGGGCCUCCUCAAGGGUCACCCCCCAUGGGCCACCACCUGUGGGACACCCCCGGGACACGCCCCCCGCCCCGUGGCCACCCCCGGGGUCACCCCCAGGGCCAUCACCGAGUGCCACCCCCCGGGGCCACUGCCAUGGGCCACCCCCCAGUGCCACCACGCCGGUCCCCGUUGUCCCCCCGCCCCCCGCGGUGUUUUUAGCUCUUUUGUACUUUGGGGGGGGGGUGAUGGCGGGGUCGCACCGGGUCCC